UUAAUCUAUGCAUAACACCGAUUGUGCCGUGGACGUGAGAAACUCAAGAGGAGGAAAGGGGAAAGUUCCCUGCCAUUGUGAUUCUAGGGUUUUUUGUUUCGAUCGUUCUUCGAGUUUCUUUGUGCUUUAAUUAAAAUUGUUGCUUUUGCAUAUUGGAGAGAUGGCCCUAUCUCAGAAGCUCCAUGGAGCCUUUAAAGUUACUGUUGAGAGGAUUACAGGACCGCGUACAGUCUCUGCAUUCAAGGAGAAAGGUGUUCUUAGCAUUAGUGAAUUCAUCAUCGCUGGAGAUAAUCUCGUCUCUAAAUGCCCCACUUGGUCUUGGGAAUCUGGCGAGCCAAGCAAGCGCAAGUCAUACUUACCAUCUGACAAGCAGUACUUGAUUACUAGAAAUGUACCUUGCCUACGAAGGGCUGCAUCUGUAGAAGAAGAAUAUGAAGCUGCAGGAGGGGAAGUUCUUCUUGACAAUGAAGAUAAUGAUGGUUGGCUGGCUACUCAUGGGAAUCCGAAAGAAACCAAGUAUGAUGAGGAGAAUUUGCCUUCCAUGGAGACCUUGGAAAUCAGCAAGAGAAAGACAAUUCACUCAAUCUCCUCAUAUUUCGGGGGUGAAGAGGAAGAAGAUAUUCCUGAUAUGGAAGAGUAUGAAGAGCCAGACAAUGUUAUUGAGACAGAUCCUGCAACACUGCAAUCCACAUAUCUUGUGGCUCAUGAACCUGAUGAUGACAACAUUCUGAGAACCCGUACUUAUGAUGUUAGCAUCACGUAUGAUAAAUAUUAUCAAACUCCUCGUGUCUGGCUUACUGGGUAUGAUGAGUCAAGGAUGCUUCUACAACCAGAACUUGUGCUGGAAGAUGUCAGUCAAGACCAUGCACGCAAAACGGUGACGAUUGAGGAUCAUCCUCAUUUGCCUGGAAAGCAUGCAUCUGUGCACCCAUGCCGACAUGGGGCUGUGAUGAAAAAAAUAAUUGACGUUCUAAUGUCCCAUGGAGUGGAACCUGAAGUUGACAAAUACCUAUUCUUAUUCUUGAAAUUUGUGGCCUCUGUAAUUCCAACUAUUGAAUACGACUACACGAUGGACUUUGAUCUAGGGAGCACCAGCCAUUGAUUUGUGGUAACACCUCCCAAAUGGAAAGUUGGGAUGUAAAAAUAAGAUCUUAAGCUGCUGCUUCUGGGACGCAAUUCCAAGCUCUGAUCUUUGUAAAUAUUAUCUAUAGUUUUAUACAGGAUGAUGAAACAACUAAUUGAUUGUACAUUCAUUGGGGGGGAGUCUGUCCAUCUGGUUUCCUUCGUUACCUUUAGUAGCUUAGAUCGUUAUGUUCAUGUGCUGUUUUACAUGAAUGUAAAUUUCAUUCAAUUACAUGGUCGUCUGGACCAAUUCAGAAAAGUUGAAUCA